CAAAACCCCUCCUCUUAAUUGUCCUCUCAAUUCUUCCAUGAAAUCACAAUCUGACAAGUUCACAGUCCCAGCAACUAUCAAUAUGAACCACCAAUUCUUCCCUUAAUUUCCAUGGCUUCCAUUUCUUCUAUCUUGGCUCUCCGAUAAUCACCCAUUCUUCUUUUUAAAUCCCCCACCAUCUCUGUUUUUUUCUUCACUCACUACAAUGGAUAUCUGGUCUUGGAUUUCUGACCUCCCCAACUCCGAUGACUGGACUCACUCCUCUGCUUUCACCUUCAACCUCGCCACUCAUGGAAAUUCCUCGAUUCAACUCACUGCCCACCGCUCCACCGCCGCCGAUUCCCAUACACUUCUUAAUUUCGCCGUCGUACUUAAUGGGUUCCCGUCAUUUACCGAGCUGAAGACCUUGUGGGUCUCGAAUGCCUGUUCUCUGUCGUCCGAGACACCAUUCCUUCCUCUGGUUCUUCAACUCCUUCAAGAAAUCAUUUCCCGGUCACCUGCCGGGCAGAAGAGUACCUGCCCUCGCUCUCGUUUACAGAAACUGAAACCCGACCCGGUUUCAUGGAUCAUGGACUCUCACUCGCCGGAAUCUUUCUCCGGCUUCUUUAAUCUCAUUUUCCUCAUCCGACUCUUCUGGGUUUGCGCCUGUGACGCCCCUGCUGAAAUCGGCUCUUUCUACUUCAAUUACUUGCUUUCCCCACACCUUGAAGCUAUGUCGUCCAACCACGCGCCGGUAUUGCGAACGUUUCUCAUCACCAUUGGCGUUGAUGCUGAGCUCUGUUUCACUCGCACGCUCGGGUACGUGAUAGCGAAAUGGCUAAUCCUCAGAGAAGUCGGCGUUGGGCUACAGACACUAACCCACGCGCCGCCGCAACGAAGCCUCGGUUUCACCUACGCGACGGAGGCGCACGGGUUGUGGAUUCUGAAAGGCCACGCGCCGGUAAUGGGGAUGAGAGUGACACGCGCCGGUGGCGGUGGUCGGAAGUAUCAGUUCCCAUUAAUCGAAGCGAAAGAAUCGGCGUUGAGAUACGCUCUGGCCCACCAGCAGCUUGAGGCGGUCGUUCAGUUAGAAUAUUCCGUCCGGUACCACGAGGGCUAUGUUCACGUAGGAACACGUGUCGAUAAUAUUAGACUCCACGUGGCAAGGCUGGCCCUCGGGAGCGUUGAUGACGUGGAGUAUGCAGAGGAGAGGCAUUUCGUUUCACGGGUUCGGGUUUGGGUCGGGCCGGAAGUCGGAGCAAAUUAUGUCGGGGCAGUGAGUUUGGGCCGGUCGACGGAGAAUGCAGAACGGGAGGUGAAAGUGCAGAAGAUUUUGAAGGGUAGAUUUGGAAAAACGAAAAUGUCGACGGUGAAGGCGACGUCGAGGAGCUCGACUAGGACGAAGAUGAGGAAUUGGCGGUGGGACCAGGAGGCGGAGGGGAAUGCGGCGGUGUUCGAGGCGGUGCUGUGCGAUAACACGACGGGGAACGAGGUGGCGACGAAGAAGAAUUCCGGUGGGAGCGAGAAGGGCGAAGACGGGGGCGUGGGAGAGAGUUUUAUGAACCGGUACAGUGGAACGAACCGGGCAUUUAGUAAAGCCGGAGGAGUGGUUUUUGCGGGAGAUGAGUAUGGGGAAGAGGUGGGGUGGAGGCUGAGUAAAGAAACGGAAGGGAGUGUAUUAAAAUGGCGAAUUGGAGGCCAAAUUUGGUUAAGUUAUUGUCCAAAUGAGAUGAGAAUUCCUUAUUUUGAAACAAGGUGUGUGGAGUGGUGUGAUGAGGUUGAUUUGCCUCUAAUUCCCACUAAAUGAAAGACAAACUCUACCAAUAUGAUCAUAUUGUAAUUAUAACAUCAUUGUCUAUUGCUUUAAAUCUUAUACUAUAUCAACUUUUAAAUGUUUCUAUCAACUAUUGAGCCUAAAUUUAUGAAGAUGGCAAGAUAAAAAAAA